AUGCUCGACUCCAAACGUACUCCAUCCAUCCCCUUCUACCAUAAUGAAGCCGAUGUCAUCGAGAAGAACAUGCUCGACGACGGCUUCCGGACAUGGGGCCUCGUCAUCUACAGAUGCACUUACAAGAGCGACUCUGACUGGAAGGAGUUCAUGCGUCGCUUUCUCUAUCAUGUGAGAGAUACGCUCGAGUAUUACGACGGCCUCGAUAUGCUCGAUUCAUUCGUGCCUACGGUGAUGGAUGACAAGACGCGUUUUGAUGGCGUGACUCCAUCUAUUGUGCGUGAUUAUUUCAACCAGUGGGCGCGUACUACGUGUGAAACCGAGCAAGGCGUUCCGUUUGAUCGUGCCCAGUGGGCAAAUACGGCACGGUAUAAAUUCUGUAUCAUGGUUGACGAGGAGGCGUUGCAGUCAGUUCUGGACAUUUCACCUGAGGAUGUCGUGCGUUAUAAUGACACCGGCUUUGUGGUUCUGGUUAAUGGCAGGUGGGAGCCGCGAUUCCUGGGUGAAGAGGAAUUAGGAGGUUAUACCAGUCCGCCGCAAGAGAAUAAUUUCGAGCCAGUGCAGGGGUGCACGCUGGAAGAUGUGGGCUGGAUGAAAGUGCGCUAUGAUCGGGCUCAGAUAGUGGCCUCUGCUUUUAUGCGCAAUUGUCUUGACUGGGAGCUGCAGUAUAGGCGUCCUCCUGAGAUUACUUUCAACUGCUGA